AUGGGGUCCUCCCCAGGCUGCAGAUUAUCUGUAGGAGGAGUUUUGUUGGUAGCUCAGGAAGAUAAAUAUGGUCUUUACUGUAAUUUGUUGUUGAAGUAUUUUCUCGCAGAGGGAGUUGUCUGUGGACAUGACUUGUUUGUUGCUUCUGCUAAAGAGCAUCCUGACAACAUCUUAAAGGAACUUCCAGCACCUUUGCUUGAUGGUACCUACAGAAAUGAAUUGGGAGAAGAAGCAACAGCUGUUAAGUCUGAAGAUUUUCAGGAUUCUAUGAAAAUAGCCUGGCGCUACCAAAAUUUACCAAAAAUGGAGGCCAGCCCAACGACAUCUACAAAAUUUGGCCAUUAUUAUGAUGUUUCUAAAACAAUGUCUCCAGAACUGUUUCAGUCCAUUAAAUGGCACAGUUUUUACCUUCCUGAAGAAUUGUCUUUACAGCCUAAAAUGAAAACAUGUAAUAUGAACAGUGCUUAUGCAAGGCUGCUUCAGUCCAUUCAGAGGAUCAUUUACCAGGAAGGGUUUGAUGGCUGUGAUCCCCAGAAAAAACAAAAGAAUAUUUUGCGGAUAGGAAUUCAGAGUCUGGGUUCCGUGUUGUGGGGUGAUGACAUUUGUAGCAGUGAUACUCCUGAAGAUAUUCAUAGCCUUACAAAAUUUCUGUAUAUUCUCCGUGGCCUCCUCAGAAAAUCUUUGUCAGCCUGCAUCAUCACAGUGCCUGCUCACCUUAUCCAGAAUAAAGCAAUUAUGGAACGUGUAACAAACUUGUCAGAUAUGGUAGUUGGUCUUGAAUCAUUUAUUGGCUCUGAGAGAGAAACCAAUCCAUUAUACAAGGAUUACCACGGUUUGGUUCAUGUACAUCAGAUUCCUCGGCUUAAUAGCUUGAUCUGUGAUGUGUCAGACACGAAGGACCUUGCUUUUAGAUUAAAACGGAAGCUGUUCACCGUUGAG